CACCGCUCUCAUCAUCGUCAUCAUCACCACCACCACCACCACCGCCAGCAUCAUGGCGGACCCGAAUAUCAUCGGUCCACAGCCAGAUGCUGGUCGUAUAGUGCAUCAUAUCCACGGUAUCGCCGAGGAAUUUACAAAGCUUUCAAAUGUACCGGCGCUGGCAGAAGGCAAUGCCGUAGCACAGCUCGCUGCUCAAAUGAACGCUCAGUUCGCCCAAAUGAACGCCCAAAUGAACGCUCAGUUUGCUCGAAUCAACGAUCGAUUCGCUCAAAUCGACGCCCGGUUCGCUCAAAUCGACGAUCGGUUCGCUCAAAUGAACACCCACUUCGCUCAGAGAUUUGACCAGCUUGAUAAUAAAAUUGAUACGCUCACUACUCGAGUCAUUGCGAAUGAUCAUAACGCCUCAGCUCGAGUUCAAAACUCUUUUCUUACGAGGUCCUCUGAUCGACUUACACCACUGAUGAAUCCAUCGACUAAUAACUUUAUCGAAUGGUUUCCUGCCAAAUCUGGUGAUAUUCCGAAUAUGGAGGACCAGAGGAUUGAUUCUGUCCUACAUGCGUUGGGUUUACCUACAAAUGGGAGAAGAGAAGCCAAAGAGCAACGAUUGAGACAGUACAUCGGUCUUCGACCUAGACCCACUGCUGCAUGAAUGUGACAAGCGGGAGAGGUGUCGAGAGUGACCUGAAGGGCAGAGGUCAUGAUUGACCUGACAACUAGGGUGAGUUCAGAGUAGUUUUUGCAUUGAUUUUGCUGCCAGGAUAUCGAGUCACGGAGUUCAAGUUGCUGUCGAGUUAUUGAGCAUACAAUAUAUAUCUCUGCUAUUACCGCACCAACACAGCACGUUGAUGGCGGCGGCCACGUCGUGCGCAGCCUUGUCAAUCAACCUCAGCCGAUUCGUGGGGUCACUGCAGCCGUGACACCACUUCGGAGGAGGACUUCCAGCUCUCGUCAUUAGAGUCAAAACAAGGGUUCAAGGUGUGCUGUAUUGUCAUGACAUUCAUGCAUUAUGUUUUCUCAGCCACCAAAACAUCUAAUUAGCGAUCCCUCCAGUCAGCUGAUCUGAGUGACCACCACUCCCUGUUCUUCAUCAUCCUUGGAGCUUGACUUUCUUCCACCAUGACCUUGCAAAAUCCUUGGUCCGUACACUAUCUUGGGUGGCUGUCCUGUUCAAGCGAGCACUUUGCUUUACGACGAUGCUACUCUUCAGGGCCUUUUCAAAGAGAUACUUACUCCUUUCCCUUCUCUUUCUGUCGGCGUAUUGUCUACAGAUUAUCCAGACCGCCCACAUGAGUCCGAGGACGAAGGUGAGCACGCCGGAGACAAUCCAGUAGACCUUGAAGGGCUCCCUGACAAUGACCUGGUCGUCGAUGAUCUUCCAAUUGAACAUGGGCGUGGCAAAGAGAUUGGCGAUGAACGUCCAGGGCAGGAAGAUGAAGCCUACCAGGGCCAAGGCCACCAUGGCCGAGUUGGAGUUUCUUCCCUGCCAGGCGAUGGUGAGGCCGAUGCGCGCAUCGCGUUGAGCCACCUGGUGAGACAUGAUGACCAUUUGCUUGUCAAGGCGGUGGGACAAGGUCUCAGCAUCAUGGAGGUAGACAUUGAUCAGGUCCCACAUCUGGAACAGUUUCUGGUUAAGUCGGAUGCAUUCGUCACGCUGCCCGUCGUCCUGCAGCGUGGCGACAUAUCUGUCAUUGCAACGCUCGAUCCAUCGGAUUUGAUCCCUGAAGACUCUCAGUCGAAACAGGAUGUUGGUGAGUUUCCCGCUCAAGACGUGGAACUGACUGACCGCGGCUUCCUGCGCCUCGGCGAUCAUCUCGGCGUCCUCUUCGAUGUCGGCCUGAUAUGCAGGGUCAAUUCUGCGAUCCAACACCCAGUCCCAGGUGGCCAGACCGAGCGUCUGCUCGACUUCGUACGUGUCCCAAUUCAUCUCGUCGGUUUUGCGAAAUGUCCAAUGCAGGCUGAUGUUCAUCUUGAUGUACGCGAGAAGCAUCGGGUGGGCAAGGUGUUCUCUGAGCCGGAGGAUCUCGGCCUCGAGCUCUUGUCGGCGUUCGUCUCCGUCGCCUUCUCGGUGGAACAUGACCGCCGAUGUAUGUCGAGUGGCGUGAAAGUAUGACCAGGCGAUAGCCCACGACGUGCCGCUGGUGUAGAAGGACGUGACGGCUCCUCCAUCGGCGCCUUGUUGACCAACGACCCGAUACGGCGAGUCGUCCCAGAAAGUGAUGUUGCAUCGAAUAUAGGCACCCAGAGCAGCCAGAGGGAGCCGAGCAUGGUUGAAAAUGUCCUUGAUCAUGGCCCGUUGCUUCGCUCGCGUGGGCAGAGGAGUUACUUCUGUUCGACACGGGAUCGUCCGAUGUUUCGGGUUCUUUCCCGGAUCCCGGCUGAAAUCGUUGUGCGUUUGGAUGAACAGGAUCUUGAGAGCCGGCUGCCCGCUCCAUCGUGCAAUGUCUUCGUUGUUGACAUUGCUCGGUCGGAGCCACUGCUUGAUUUUUUCGACGUCCGGCUCGCCUCGUAGGGUUUCAAUAGAAGGCUGCAACUGCCCUUGCGUGAGGUGAUACUGGUCGAUCUUAUGGUGGCCAUUGUAACUGCUCAACUCGCGGUCGAGCAUGAUUAGGCCCGCCUCACUCAGUGUCGUGGAAGUCAUUGUGGAGAUCAGUGGCGAUAGCUUAAUGAGGCCUGGGGGGGAGGGGGCCCCGUGGGCGUGCGGGCGGGAGCGAUUGAUCUUUUGCAAAGUAGGGGAGGAGGGGGCGGCAGGCGGGCGGGCAGGAUGUAACAGGACACACAAUCAAACGGCAGGAAUAGAACAGACGCUGUAUCAGAAGCCAGACUUUCAGGGGACGAGAAUGUCAACAAGUGUUCUCUGCACGUGAGAGACCAACCUGUACGACUUCUUUUCCCCUGAGCUGGGCCAGAUGUUGGUACAGUAAAGAAGAUUCCUCGACAGACUCGGAGCUGGCGAACGUACCGUACCUAUAUACUCCAUAGUACAGCCCAUUGGGGCCAUACAGGAUGACAAACUUCUGCCUUUUUCUUUCUGCCUUGCAGUGUCAGGCAACACAUAGUCUGUACCAGGACCCUCCAUGACUGACGGAAAUUGCUUGCAUAGUGCCCAUCGGAAAGUGAGAAGGGCUGACGGUAGGUAUGCAAGCAGGAAACGAGAAGCGUGGGGGUUGUUGUGCCGAAAAAAUGGUUCGCGAAACUGGACACAAAAGGCAACCAACCGAACCGCGCACAUGCCAGACCAGAACUCCCUCUGGUCGCUUCGCUGCCUCUGCGAGAUGAGAUGACAACAAGUGGAUUACUAUUAGGUACCGGAGCAGAGACAAAGAAAACACCAAGGGGCGUACAGUGGUCAGGAGUCAUUGAUGAACGUCACUCGGCACCUCGACCGGUGAUGAUCGAUCCGUCUUUUUUGCAGAGCAACCCACGAGUACCAGGUAGCAAGGCUGAAGAGGAUCUUUGCGUCUUCUUCAGAAACUGUAGCUCGCGCUCUCGCAAUCUACCUCACAUACAUACCUAAUGCACAUGCACAUCUGCCGGUGGCGGCCAGUUCUCUACCUUAGUUCUCUAACCCUGCUUUGGGCUUGUUUUCCGCGCCUUGUCAUGCAAUCCGAAAGAGCUAACUUUGCUCGUCCAUGUCGUCGUCAUUGCCUUCGAUCAUCUCAUAACCCUCGCUGCCUUCCAGGUCGUCCGAGUCAUCGUGGUCGUCGCUGUGGCCGUUGUCAUCUUCUUCCUCGUCCUCUUCAUCAUGGUCAUCAUUGUCGGCUGUCCCAUCAAGAGGUUUCAGCCCAUAAUCAUCCUGGAAGAAAUUGAGAUCACGGGUUUGAGGAGAGAACCCAGCCUUGGUAAGGCCUGCCGAGAUAGCCUGUGUGAUAAACAUAGUUAGCAAAUGCCAUGCCACUCCCACUC